AUGGCCGAAGAUCAGGAUUUCUCCUCCUUUGAUGAGGACAAGUGGAAGGCGCAAGAAUCCGCGGACCAGCGUGAGAUUGCGCGCCUUCUGGAACAGAGUCAAGAUGGCUCCAGUGGCGGCUUGAAGCUCGACGAUACCCCCUUCGAUCAAACGAACAAGGCCGACGACGCGGAGGACUUCGAAGACAUUAGCGAUGACGACUUGCCGGACGAAGAGCCCGCUGCUGGUGGCUCACUCGAGAUCCCUUCCCUAACCGACGAUGGUGGUACCAGUAACGAUGCCGACGACCUCUUUGGGGAUGGGCCAUCUUCGCCUACCGAUCCCAUCGGAGACCACCCAUCCCCCGGGCCUCGCGUGCGCGACACUGAAGCUGGUGACGAAACCCAACCAACAGAUAUGGGAUUAAGCUUCUCCGGAAUGAACUUCGAUCCUGACCCGCACAUGUAUGGCGCCGCGAAUCAAGAUCCCGACAUUCCUGCUCCCGCCGAAACAGUGGAAGACUUGCUCAAGGAGAUGUGGCCCGCAUACAAAACGGAUCGCAUUCUCGUUUGGAGCGAACUGCUGCCGCCAAAAAAGGCUACAUGGAUGGGGAAGAAGCCAGCCAAGAAGCCUAAGCAUCUCGUCACAAGCAAGUUGAGCCUCGAUCUUGCGCCGGAUGAGGAAAAGCAGUUUCGCAUCCCAGGACCAGCAACAAGCUCUCUUAAACAGAGGCUAAACGCGUUUAAUUCCAAGCGUCUAGUGCUAUGCGGCAAGGACUAUGCAGACAACGAAGAUGAGAUAGUCCAGUUUGAUAUCGAUCAAGAAUCCGAUGGUGAGCCUGUUAUGGGAUACACUAUGCGCGACAUUGAAUUGGCCUGUCAAGAUUGGGGCAAUGAUAUUGAGGCUAUUCAAAAACAAUUUGAAAAGCGUCAGGCUGCCGAACUUGCGGAAAGCACCCAGAUCAAGCAUAUGAAUGCUGAGCAAGAUGACGAAUGGGAUGCGGAGUUCCUGCAAGACUUCGGAGAAGACUUAAGGAGCCGGUCAAAGAAGCGCAAGUUUGUUGCAUCUGGCCUUCCCGAAAUACCUCGGUAUACUGCGCCAUCAUUUGACAAUUUCGAAGAAGCAACGAAGCGCGGUGCGAAGCGCGUUCACCUGGACAUGAGCGAUCCUCACCUCUUGAUAGAAUCGGAUUCCCAACUCAACGGCAAGCGUGCUUCGCAGGAUGAUAAGAGCAAACCGACGGGCACAGGACGCUUGGGACGCACGAUGGCGCAGCGAUUUAACCUUUCCAACGAUGAGGCCUAUGACUUGCUCAAAGAGAACCACCAGAGCAAAGUCCGCGCUACUCUCGGCAACAUUUCUGUGGAACACAGUAUGCCCGCGAUCAAGUUGACCUGGCCCUACUACAAGGUGCGGCUGCCGGGUACAACCGACGAGUACCAUCGCCCUCGCUUCCGUUACAAGAAAUUCUCGCAUCAUGGCAUCAAAUUUGAUAAGCCGCUACACCAGAAGCGCAAGAUGAUGAAGGGAAAGGCGCACGAAGUGUUCCUCAAAUCCAAGGAUUUAAGUUUGGGUGAUAAUUCUACUGCCGUCCUUUUCGAAUACUGCGAGCCAAGACCUCGCGUUUUGAACAAUUUCGGCAUGGGCACCAAGCUCAUCAACUACUAUCGUCGCAAGGACGAGAAGGAUGAAGAACAGCUACCUAAGCUCGAGCUCGGUGAAUAUCGCCCUUUGCUACCAGAGGAUCGUUCUCCGUUCUCGCUUUUCGGCACCGUUGAUCCAGGCGAGACCGUGCCGACAUUGCACAACGAAAUGUACCGUGCUCCAGUCUUUAAACAUACCCCAAGGCAAAACGAUUUUCUGGUUGUCCGCAACACAACAGGCGUGGAUGGCUCGCGCUGGUAUCUGCACAAGAUUGAUCAUGUUCAUGUGGUGGGACAAGAGUUUCCGUCGGUUGAAGUUCCUGGGCCCCAUAGUAGAAAGGUCACGAAUGCUUCGAAAAAUCGCAUGAAGAUGCUCGCUUACCGCAUGAUUCGGCACAGUCGAACAGACAAUUGUCAGCUGUCUGAAAUGACCCGGCACAUUGCAGAUUCAACCGACACGCAGAACCGUCAAAAACUCAAAGAAUUUCUGCAGUAUGACAGAGAAAGCGGAGAGAAGGGUAUGUGGCGCCUACGUCAAAACGAAGUGCUUCCGGAUGAAAACGCCAUCCGCGCCAUGAUCAAACCCGAAGAUGUCAGCUUGCUGGAUGCCAUGCAGCUCGGUAUCAAGGAACUUGAGGACGCCGGCUAUGAUCCUCGAAAUGCCACCAUCGAGGACGAAACUCAGGUUGCUGAGGACGGAGAGGAAGAUGACGGGGAUGACGACAACAACAGCAAAAUUACCAAAGCAGCUGCUAAAAAAGCGCAAGAAAAGCAAGAGGAAACGCUCGCCGACAAGAUGGCACCUUGGAAGACGACAAAAGCAUUUAUUGAUGCUUGCGCCCAGAAGGCUAUGCUUCAGCUUCACGGCGAGGGCGAUCCCACCGGACACGGGCUGGGGUUCAGUUUUAUCCGGACUUCGAUGAAGGGAGGUUAUAUCGAGGCCGUGCAGGGACCUCUCGCAACAUCUGCGGACGCCAUUGAGCGUGAGAAGCGAGCAAACGGUGGACAUGCGUACAAUGUGAAGAAGCAGCAAGCUAUGUACGAGGAAGGUAUCCGCGAAAUCUGGGAGAAGCAAAAGGCCACGUUGACGGACGCAACGCCGCACGAUGACAAUGACAUUCAGCCGCAGGAGGACGAAGACGAUCGAUUUAACGUUCAGGUGGCAGCAACACCGGCGCACUUUGACGACGGAAUCAGCCAGAUUAGCGGUUUGACUUCAUCCAGUCGUCACCAAAAGCGGGCGAUUCGAAUCAAGCGUGAUUACAAACUACCGGACGGGUCUAUCCAAACACGAUCGGAAGUGGUGCAUGACCCGGUCGUCAUCUCCCAGUACUUGAAGCGGCGCACCGAGGCGGAACUAGAGAUGAAAGAGUAUGUAAAUCCCCGACUGCGGACACUUUCGCUCCCCCAGCGAAAGUGGGACAAAUUGACCCCCAUCGUCCAACUACUGCUGCGCAACGGCAUUCAUUUGAAGCAUCUUACAAGCCUGUCCAAGUCCAGCAAUGGACCUGGUGCUACGGCAGCCACGGAGGACUUGGUGGGCGUUGAGUUUAAAGCCCCAGCUUACAUAUAUCUGCGAACAGCAUCUACAGCAAUCAAAAAGGAGCUCGAGCGACUUGAGAAGAACAAGGCUCGACGACAAGCGCGAGAACAGCAAAAAGAGCUGCAUCAGAAAGCAGCUGCCGGCGACGCAGGGUCACCCUCCACCGGAGGGGAUAGGGUCCUCACCGGCACGACAAGAAAGUGUGCCAAUUGUGGCCAGGUUGGCCAUAUCAAGACCAACAAGAAGUAUGGAAUUUAUCUCCCUACCCCCACGCCCGCCUUUUGA